CGACGCUGUUUGCGAAAAGCCGGUCUUCAUUCUCACAGGCUGUCAAGCUUAGAGACGUAUAUAUUCACUUGAAAUCGCCAAGCACGAACCCUGGUGAAGUCUGAGCUUACUGGUUUCCAGCCCUCGGUUCUUUCUGUGCGUCAUCAACAGCCGACUGUGCUCACAAACGGACGACGUUGUUUGUGAUGGGCACUCCAGACCGUGCUCAAGAUGAGAAGAGCCUGGGACCGGUGAGUGCUCACACGGGCAACAAUGAUCCUGCAAUUCCUGCAGAUGCACAUGCCCAAGAACAGCAGCAAAUCAACAACACAAGCGCGGUCAUUCCACCUCCUCCUAAUGGCGGCUACGGCUGGGUCUGCACAGCAUGUUGCGCAACCAUCAAUGCCCACACAUGGGGCCUAAACUCCAGCUACGGAGUCUUUCUGGCCCAUUACCUCGCCAACGAUACUUUUGCCGGAGCAACAUACCUUCAAUAUGCCUUCGUCGGAUCUCUUUCCAUCAGCAUGGCAAUGCUCAUCUCGCCCGUAGCAACGAUUUCGGUGCGGUUAUUCGGUACAAAGCCCACACUUGCCGUUGGUGUGGUGCUGGAAGCCGUGAGUCUGAUAGGCGCUUCAUUUGCAACAAAGAUCUGGCAAUUGUUUCUCUCGCAAGGUGUCUGUUUUGGCUUGGGUAUGGGAUUCUUGUUCGUUGCCUCUGUGGGAAUUCCUGCACAAUGGUUCACAACGAAGAGGUCAUUGUCGAAUGGCUUCGCGGCUUGCGGGUCUGGGUUCGGCGGAUUGAUAUACUCCCUGGCUGCUGGUGCAAUGUUGAAGUCAAUCGGGUUGGCGUGGACAUUUCGAGUCCUUGGUAUUCUGGCCUUCGGAGUCAACACCAUCUGCGUUAUGCUGCUAAAGGACCGUAAUAAGAUCAUUGGAACUUCACACAAUGCUUUCGAUCUGCAGUUGUUCAAAAGGACAGAAUACUUGCUCCUGGGAGGCUUCGGGUGGUUCAGUAUGCUUGGUUACGUGGUUCUGAUCUUCUCUCUGGCGAACUACGCAAACUAUAUUGGUCUUGAUGCACAGCAAGCAUCGGUUGUAUCAGCUUUGCUCAACCUGGGCCAAGGACUCGGACGUCCGCCGAUCGGCUACUUCUCCGACACGAUAGGUCGAAUGAACAUGGCCGGACUGAUGACAUUGCUCUGUGCAGUCUUCUCAUUUGCGAUCUGGAUCCCGGCUAAGAGUUACGGCGUUCUUAUAUUCUUUUCUUUGAUUGGAGGAAUGGUCGCAGGCACGUAUUGGUGCACAAUUGCUCCAGUGGCAGCGGAAGUGGUAGGUCUCCGGCUCCUCCCUUCCGCGCUCAAUCUCUCAUGGCUGGUGAUCGUGCUGCCGACGGCUUUCAGUGAGCCCAUAGCUCUUGAGAUUGUCGAAGGGACGGGCCAAUAUAUUGGAGCACAGUUGUUCGUUGGCUUCAUGUAUGUUGCUGCCGCGCUUUGCAUGCUCUUGCUGCGAGGCUGGAAGGUUGCCGAGGUUGAGGAGAUUGCCAGGAGGAAAGACGAAUCAAGCAGCGAUAUCGACGCCUCAGGAACGGAGAGCGAUGAGUCUGCAGUGGCUCAUGCUCGCAUUGCGGCACGGAAGAGGAUCAUGACCGCCUGCUGCUGGAGAUGGAAGAAAGUGUGAGUAGAUAAUGUGAUAGUUUUACAGCCAAACAAAGUGCUGUGUUGGAUCAACGCCUUUUCGCCGUCUCGUACCCGUCAACGCUCAAAUUCGUCGCAUGAAAAAUCGUGACCACGCCCUUCAAAAACGAAAACGCCCUGCUGCUGAUGAAAAGGAAACUAGUCCGCUCAAUUGAGUAUUGUUGUGAACCACGCAGGCCCGGUCCUGAAAUUCUGAUCAUUCGCAUUCGGCGUUGAACUUCCACCAGUGCUUUGCGUCUUCGAGUUCGCUGUCUCAUUGGGCACGGCAGGGCCUAGUACUGCGUGCUCGUUGGCGGUGGGAUGACUCGUAGCGUGCGAUAAGUUCCGUUGCGAUGUGGGUUCGCUCCAGUUCCCAGAGUCCGAGAGUAAUGGCUCGGAUGCGCCGUGUCGCUCCGGUCCUGCUGAGUUU